GAACGAUUCAGGAAGCGGAAGACUAAAAAGUGUGGUUUGUUUUGUCAGGUAGUUGUGUAUGUUUGAUUAAGAAUAGGUGUAUUGUUUUCAUUUUACUAUCUUAACACAAACUUUGUUAGAAAUGGCUCUACCACCGCAGCUGAAAUCCAUCCAGCACCAUCUACGAACGGCACAGGAACACGAGAAAAGGGACCCAGUUGUGGCUUAUUACUGUCGGCUCUACGCUAUGCAGACCGGCAUGAAGCUGGACAGUAAAUCACCGGAGUGCCGGAAGUUUCUGGUGAAGCUGAUGGAUCAGCUGGAAACGAUGAAAAAGGAGCUGAGCGACAACGAGUCCGUCACCCAGGAGGUCGUCGGCAAUGCCCAUAUCGAAAACUACGCCUUAAAAAUGUUUCUGUACGCUGACAACGAGGAUCGAUCGGGACGGUUUCACAAGAAUAUGAUUAAGUCGUUCUACACCGCCAGCCUCCUGCUCGACGUCCUCUGCGUCUUCGGCGAGCUGUCGGAGGAGAACGUCCAGCACAGGAAGUAUGCGCGGUGGAAGGCGACCUACAUCCACAACUGCCUGAAGAACGGAGAAACCCCGCUGUCGGGGCCCAUCGCCAUGGAAGGGGAAGCAUAUGACGACGACUUUGGCUACGAGGCCGGGACGUCCUCCAUGCCCUACCAGCCUCCCGCCUCCUCCCAGGGGCCCGGUCCGGCGGGGGGCACGGGCACCAUGCCGCACGCCAACUUCAACAACAUCCAGAUCCCUCCCGGCGCCCACGCGCCCGCCAACACUCCCGCCGAGCUUCCUCCGCCCACAGACCACGUCAAGCCAGUACCUGCCCCCCGGGGCAUGCCCACGGUCGACCCCUCGCUUCUGAAUGCCAGCCAAGAGGGUGACAUCCGGCUCACCGCCGAAGACUACACCCGGGCCCAGAAGUACUGCAAGUACGCGGGCAGCGCUCUGCAGUACGAGGACGUCGGCACGGCCAUCCAGAAUCUGCAGAAGGCCCUCAAGUUACUCACCACCGGCAAAGAAUGAGGCCUUUGUGCCCCGGGCCGCCGCAGUAUCGCCCAUCUGGCCGACAGAACUAAGCGUCCAUCGCUCCCCGCCUCGGCUGCCCCAGAAGAAAAGCAAUUCUGUCCAAGCCCACAAAAUCACUGUAAACAACAAUAGCAUCUGUGUCUCUGCUGUGUGUGUGUCGGCUGCCCUCGGUAGCCGUCGCUCGCUAGCCCAUUUACCGUUGA